UAAAUUGCGGACGCACUCGUUAGUGCUGUCUAUUUCCGGUGAAACUUUGGAAGUGGAAGGGUCGUGUGUUGUUUACAACAAAAUUUUCAACAAUGAGUCAAAAUCCUCCAGCACACACUAAAGCAGUUCAGUUAGUGGAGAGUAACAGCCGACCAGGUGGCGUCCAGUUGGUCAGCACAGCUAGGACUAACAAAACAGCUGAUCCUAUGGAUUUAGUGGAGCUGGCCACCACCAUACAAAAGGCAGAUGAAUUUGUAAAAGCCACAGCUGGCAGUAAACUGACAGAAAUUGCCAACCAGAUCCGGUACCUUCAGGGAAGGGCCAAAAAGGCUCUGGAGGAAGCUAACAGGGACAACAGACUCCACCACUACGCCUGUAAUUUGGUGAAGAAACCGGGUACCACAUACUAUUUGUAUGAGAGAGAUUCUGGGCAAAAAUACAUGUCCAUCCUCUCACCAGAGGAAUGGGGUUCAUCCUGUCCACACGACUUCAGCGGCGCUUAUAAACUGGAACACGACAUGUCAUGGACACCGAUCGAAGAGCUGGAGGAACGCAGCCAGCAAUUCGCUCUCAUUGAUAAGAUCUUAGACACUCAGAAAGCUCUUCCUGAAAAGGAAGCAUCCACCAUCACUGGCAUAUUUGGAGGCAGUUCUUAAUAUGUGUGGGUUGUGUAAGCUGGUCUGGGGUGUUUGUAAGAUAGGGUGUAGAUGUGUGUGGGUGUGAAAGUCUUAAUGUGUGUUUGUAAGAUAGGGUGUAGAUGUGUGGGUGUGAAAGUCUUAAUGUGUGUUUGUAAGAUAGGGUGUAGAUGUGUGUGGGUGUGAAAGUCUUAAUGUGUGUAUAAAUCUGAUGAAAAUGUUGCAAGUGCAAUGAUCACUUUAUCCGGAAGUACUGUGAUAGAAUAAAA